GCAUUAUUUUCUGGAAAAUUGGAUAGACUUGGAAAGGUUAGUUAUUUGUCUCAAUAACAGCUAUUCAUACACGCACACACAUUAACAAAAAUAAAAUAGAUUUUCUCACCCUCUCCUAAUUAUUAUGUUUAUUCCUCAUUCUCGGGUCCUCUACCAAAGGCCUGGGAGUUGAAGGGUUGUGCGCAAUAUUUUCUCUUCUGGACAGCGAUCUCAGAUGUCCCACCUGGAAUCUGUUAAAGUCACUCCCCUAACUUGGCAGUCACAGCCCGAGUGCUCCUAUCACAACUCGGACUACUACUGCCUUCUACUACUACUGUAUAUAUACACACACACAUAUUAUACAUAGAGAGAGAGAGAGAGAGAUGGAUGUGUAUUUAUAAUGUGUCAGUGCUUUGUUAAACACAGAUCUACACACACCUGUCAAGCCAUAAGACUUGCUUUUCCCACAGAAAUCUUAAAUUUGCAGUGAUAUUACAACUGCAGGGGAAUCUGGGUAAGCAUGUGGUAAUGAGUUCAGCAAAUAAUCACAUUGUUGCCUCGUUAUGCAAUUUUAUGUUAUAUAAAAUACAAACAAAAUGUCUUCUUUUGAUUUCUCUGUAUUCUUCAGAUGAGGAUUCCUGGGGAAGAUCUCUGGCUAUGCCCUGUUAACUUCGGGGCUCACUGGAUUUUAGUGGUAUUUACUAUAGGACUACGUUAAUUAACCUUUCUUUACUUGUGUUAUCAUGUGCUUUUAUAAUUCAUGUAAUUAUGUUACAUAUACAGAUAUUUACCUACAUCCCUCUGAUACCUGCUGUAUACACCAAUAAUAUAAAUGUCAUAAAGAAAAUUUUGUGUUUUCCCGAAUUAUCUUUUAGAUUGUCAUUAUGUCGAAGAAGGUUAUUGUGCUAAUUGACCCACUGGGAAAUGAACCUAAUUAUCUAUUGAAAGUACAGCACAACUGGAGGUGAGUGUGGCUUGGGAAAAAGUUUUUUUCACUUAAACUGAUGUGCACAACGUUCAAUUAAAACUUAUGUGUAAUUUCUUGUUAUUUUUUCAUAGUAUGUUCUUGAAGAAGUAUAUUCCUGGAGAAGAAGUAGCCCAAUGGAAUAUCCAUGUAAUGCAUCACAGCAACCAGGAGGAUUCCAGCAGCUGUGGAGUUCUGAUCUUGAUGGUAAACAUUCAUGUACCAUUGUGA